ACCUAAACCGCGUUUUACGAGGGGGAGCGUAAGAGAGGGGAAAGACACAGAACGACAACUGGAAAAGAGCAAACGAGAACAGACAGAAGCAGGAGAGAAGCGCAGGAGUGGAGGAUCACAGCAUGAACGCAGCAUGGAGGUGAAGGAGCGUCGGCCGUACUGCUCUCUCUCUCGGGGCAGAAGAGAACGAGGGAGAGACUGGGAGAGGGAAGGAGACCGAGACGAAGGGGAGGGUUUUAGGGAGGGUCCCGGCAGCCGCCGUCAGACCGGCUCAUCCUCUGUGCUCACCCAGAAGUCAUACAGCUCUAGUGAGACGCUGAAGGCCUUUGAUCAACACCCGUCCACCCAGGGGCUUUAUGGGCAUCGCAUGCCAGACAUGGUACCAAGGGAUGCGGAGGAAUACAGAGCUCCAGGCCAGAGUCUGUCACUGAGGCAGCUUGGGAUAUGCGGCCCUGCUCCUCGCCGCGGUCUGAGCUUCUGUGCGGAAACCGGACUCGGUCAUCAUACGCAGCUCAGCGGAGCAGACCACAUCCAAAACGUAGGAGGCAUUUCGCCUGACUGCGCCAUGCUAUGGGUUAAAUCACACGGUCGGGACUCGCGUCUGUCAAGCCGAUCCAACUCCGCUUUAACACUCACAGACACAGAGCAGGACAACAAAUCAGAUCAGGAGAACGACCAGCUUCCAAGCCAAGCAGGACCGCCUCCUCUGCCACCUGCACCAAUCCAGCACAAGCAGCACCCGUCAGUCACCUCCCUCAACCAGUCCCUGGCCAAUCAACCUGCGGAGCUCCAGAGCGCAUCUGAAUGCGUGCAGCUGCAGGAAAACUGGGUUCUGGGUGGAAACGUGGGCUUAGAGAACAGGUUUGUGAUUUUACAGUCAUUUGCAUUCACUCUCGUCCAUUUACUCUUUUCAGUCUUACUUCAAUGAUUCCAGAGGCUGAUUUAAAAAGUAGAGCAACGUUAUACUCUAAAUAGAAUGUAUGCAGUGUCCUCCACUAAUAUUUGCAUGCUUAGUAAUAAAAUGAGCAGAGACGAUGCUUUUGUUUAAACUUUUAAUUAAAAUAUAAAUGCAAACAUCAGCUUGUGGGUUUUUAUACUCCAGACAGUCAAUUUCAUUCAUUCAU